UUGACGGAGGGAUACUCCUGUGCAUGGACCGUCACUGCGCUGCAAUCCGCCGCCUGCUCACACACACACAAACACACGCAUGUAAUGUCUCGGUGAAAUCUGGACGUACGCGGUGGAGAAAACACGCAUGUGAAUAUUUUAUUUUUGCAUGUCAGGAGAGGAGGAACUAGUCGCCGGGUCCGCGGCUGUUUGUCUUUUCUUAUCGCUUCUCCCCCCCUAUGUCACUCUAAUUAAUCGGAGGCAUGUGGAAUCGCACCAGGAUUAGGAAUUGCUUCCCAAUAGUGUGCCUGCUGUUGACGUUAUGGACGGAGGUGUCCCAGUCAACCGGCUAUUUCGAGCUGCAGCUGAUCUCCAUAGAGAAUGUAAACGGCGAGCUGGCGGACGGGGAGUGCUGCGACGGCUCCAGGAGCUCCCCGGAGCUGCGCUGCACUCGAGACGAGUGCGACACUUACUUCAAAGUGUGCCUGAAGGAGUACCAGAUGGAGGUCACCACCACCAGCCCCUGCACGUUUGGAGCUGGAUCUACGCAAGUUCUCGGUGGAAAUAUGUUUUCUUUUAGGAGCUCAAAGAAUAACCCGAAUAAAAUCGACGAUGCUGGCAAGAUUUUGAUCCCCUUCAAGUUUGCGUGGCCGCGAACGUACACGUUGAUUGUAGAAGCCUGGGACUGGGACAACGGCACACGCAGCAAUGAGGAGGAGCUGCUGAUCGAACGCAGCAUUCACACUGGCAUGAUCAACCCCGGUGACCAGUGGCAGACCAUCCUGCACGACGGGCCGGUGGCUCACCUCAUGUAUCGUAUCCGGGUGCGGUGUGAUGAUAACUACUAUGGCAACAAGUGCAAUAAGCUGUGCGUUCCUCGUGACGACUACUUCGGGCACUAUCGCUGCGAGCCCACAGGGGCUCAGGUGUGCCUGGAUGGCUGGAUGGGCCCAGACUGCCGUACAGCAAUCUGCAUGCAAGGCUGCAACCUGUUACAUGGCAGCUGCACUGUCCCAGGGGAAUGCAAGUGUAACUACGGCUGGCAGGGCCAAUUCUGUGAUGAAUGUAUGCUCUUUCCUGGAUGCAUCCACGGGACCUGCAACCUCCCCUGGCAGUGCAAUUGUGAGAGGAACUGGGGCGGCCUGCUGUGCGAUAAAGAUCUGAAUUACUGCGGUCGCCACCAGCCUUGUGUCAACGGAGGAACCUGCAUGAACACUGAACCAGAUGAGUACUACUGCGCCUGUCCACAGGGCUACUCCGGCAAGACCUGUCAGAUAGCCGAUCACGCCUGUGUGUCCGAACCCUGCGCCAACGGUGGUACGUGCCACGAGGUUCCUACAGGGUUCAAGUGCCAGUGUCCGCCGGGUUGGGGCGGUCUGACCUGUGCCAACAAUGUGGAUGAGUGUGCGUCCAAUCCAUGUGCUCGGGGCGGAACCUGUAUCGACCGGGAGGACGGCUUCGAGUGUGUGUGCCCCCCUCAGUGGAAAGGAAAGACCUGCCAGAUAGAUGCAAAUGAGUGUGCAGAAAAUCCCUGUGUGAACGCUCAGUCUUGCAAAAAUUUGAUUGGCGGAUAUCUCUGCAAAUGUUUUCUGGGAUGGUCCGGACAAAACUGUGACAUCAACACGAGUGGCUGCCAUGGUCAGUGCCAGAAUGGAGCGACAUGCAAGGAGGUUGCGGGGGGUUACCACUGCCUGUGCCCUCCAGGUUUCAUGGGAGCUCACUGCGAAAUCCAGAGGAAUAAAUGCAACAGCACACCGUGCCUGAACGGCGGCCAAUGCCACACAGUGUUGGGCGGCUUCGUGUGUGAAUGCCCACCAGAGUUUGCUGGACAGCUGUGUGAGAUCCCUACCUGGUCCCCAUCAGACGCUUGUAAUCCAAACCCCUGUAAGAAUGAGGCGGAGUGUCACAGCAUUUACCAGGACUUCUACUGCGCGUGUCCUGAAGGCUACGAGGGAAAAACCUGUGAACGGCUCAAAGAAGACUGCCAGACCACCCCAUGUCAAGUGAUUGACAGCUGCACUGUUGCUGUAGCAACCAACGACUCGUCUGGAGUGCGGCACAUCCCCUCCAACGUCUGUGGUCCACGAGGACGCUGCAUCAGCCAGCCAGCGGGAAACUUCACCUGCGUCUGCGAUCCAGGUUUCAGUGGCAUCUACUGUCACGAGAAUAUUAACGACUGCAUCAACAACCCCUGUGGAAACGGAGGGACCUGCAUCGAUGGAGUGAACUCGUUUCAGUGCUUCUGUCCUGACGGCUGGGAGGGUCGACUCUGCAACCAGAAUGUCAACGAGUGCAGACACAACCCCUGUAAGAACGGCGGGCGCUGUGUCGACCUGGUAAACGACUUCUACUGCGAGUGUGCCGACAACUGGAAGGGCAAGACCUGCCAUUCCCGUGAGAGACAGUGUGAUGCAACCACCUGCAGUAAUGGAGGCACCUGCUACGACCAUGGGGAUGCCUUCCGCUGUGCGUGUCCACCUGGGUGGGGAGGAAACACUUGUAACACAGCCAAGAACAGCACAUGCGCCUCCAGUCCUUGUUCCAACGGUGGAACCUGCGUGGGAGGAGGCGACACCUUCACCUGCAUCUGCAAAGACGGCUGGGAAGGCCCCACCUGUGAUCAGAAUAUAAACGACUGCAACCCUCAUCCAUGUUACAACGGCGGUAUCUGUGUGGACGGAGUCAACUGGUUUCGGUGUGAGUGCGCUCCUGGUUUUGCUGGACCAGACUGCAGAAUCAACAUAAACGAGUGCCAGUCUUCACCCUGUGCCUACGGAGCCACAUGUGUGGAUGAGAUCAACGGUUUCCGAUGUAUCUGUCCGCUUGGUCGAACAGGAGGCAGAUGUCAAGAGUUCAUAGGUAUUGGGAAGACUUGCCACUACGCUGGGCUGCAGUUUCCCCACGGCAGCCGCUGGGAGGAGGAGUGCAACAACUGCCACUGCAUCAACGGCAAAGUGGACUGUACAAAGGUGCUGUGUGGUCGUCGUCCCUGCCUGCUCCAGUCAUCAGGCCAGGAGCAGAGACAGCAGUCCUGCCCGGCUGGACGGGAGUGUCUAAAGCACAGCUACCUCACCUGCUUCUCCCCCCCUUGCCAUCAGUGGGGGGUUUGUUCCAUGGCUGGACCCUCACCUCCACAAGUAGCCACUAAGUGCCAGCCAAACAGUGGGCAUUUGGACAACAGCUGUGUCCGCAUAACACUUGUUUUCAACAGAGACAAAGUACCACCAGGAACAACAGUGGAGAACAUCUGCUUUGAGCUGAGGUAUCUUCCUGACAUCCGAGUCUUGACAAAAGACCAUGCCCUUCUCCUGCUCUGUGACCUCUCUCAUUCCAAUCAGGAUGCUGUAGAAGUGGCUAUAUCUUUCCAGCCAGAGAAUUUACCGGAUCACAGUCUGAUCCAGAAGGUAGCCAGCGCCAUAGAGGGCACCUUGUCAAGGCGACACAACAGCACUAUAAUGCUGGCAGUCACUGAGGUCAAAGUGGAAACGCAGGUCAUGCCCCCCUCAGUGGAUUACCUGGUGCCUUUACUAUGUGUGGUCUUCUGCUUGCUCUGCCUCUUCUGCAUCAUUGUAUGCGUUUGGUGGACGCGCAAACGGAGAAAAGAACGCGAGAGGAGCAUGCGAUCUGCCUCAGAUGACAACGUGAACAACCAGUGGGAGCCGCUCCCGCUGGUGUCGGGACGUCAGCAGCAGCAACAGCUGAAAGAAAGCAACAGGGAGGCUGAGCAGGAGCGCAAAAAGCUCAUGGGCCCCUCUUAUCGGACGUGUGAUGAGGGUGAGGAGGAGGAGGAGGAGACGGAAGGCGAGCUUGAGCUCGAGGAGGAGUGUGGUGGAGCAGAGGCAGGAAAGCAGCCAAUUUAUAAGUACUCUAAGACUGCAGUGCAGUCCAGUGGGGGAGUGAUCUGCACCCUGCACAGCUCCAGUUCACCCCUCAAAGCACCCCACCGGACCCCAGGCUACAGCCCCAAAGACAACCGCUGGAAAAAUGUCAGUGCCGUCUUGACUGGUCAGAAAGACCUCAGAGACCACUGUGUAUAAGAAAUUAAACCAAGGACUCGCAGUGUGGAAGCGAGAGAAGCUGCAAGGCAGCUGCUAUUCUUAUUUUGGGACUUUUGGAAAGAAAAAAAGGCUUUGUGUUUUAAGAAGCCAUUCUUUGUUUUGUUUUCAUGUUUUUGUCACUGUCGCCUGAAACAAUUUCUUUUUUUUUUUUAUUCAGGAGGCUAGAGCACAGUGAACAUCUUUUUUUGCUUCUGUUCAGUUAUUUUUCUUUAGUUAUGUACAGAAGGAGCUGAAAUGUAACAAGUUUUCAGGAGGCAAAAGAAGCUCUCUGCAAUUUUUGUUUAUGGAAUUGUACCAUUUAUGAAAUGACGAAUCAUCAAAAAGGAGAAAAAACAACUUGUAUAAAGAUUUUUUUUUUGUUUACAGAUGAUUAUGAUUUUGUUAAAUUGUCAGUGGGCUCCUGUUCAGUGUCUGUGGGGGGGGCAGAUACACACUGAAGGGACAGUAAAGGAAGAGUUCUGAGGGAAAUGGACUGUUGCAGCCACAGCAACAGAGGAAACCUUCCCUUUGCUCUGUCUCUUUCCGGCUUUGCCCACCGAUCCACCUGUGGCCGUCAUGCGCCAGCCUUACCAAAACACUUGGCCUGGAGGGGAGAGGGGACAGAAACCCCAGUGCCUACUAUGUGGCCUUCCAUUUUUUCUCCUGUCUCUCAGUUGUCUUGGCUGAAAGCUCUGUUUGAGGAUUUUUUGCAGUAUUUGAGUUGGUAGCAAGUGCCUUUCUAAGAGCUCUGUCGAAGCUCCGAGUCGCGCUGCCCAGUUUGACCUCCUUGUUCUCAAAUCUCAAAGGGAUAUAAGUGUACAUUUAGAGAGUUCAAUUUCACAGCAACGCCAUUCAAGGUAUUUGAUCAAAACAGAAAUGAAUACUCUGUACAUAUGUGUAAAUACUAAAGGAGUCGCUGUGUAUAUUUGAAAUAAGUAACUUAAAGACAAGUCACACAUUUUUAUUAUUAUUGUUAUUAUUAUUAUGAUUAAUAUUAUUUUUAUUUUUUUUACAAUGCCAUUCCUUUUAUUUAUGCCAGUCGAAACAGGCAGGUUUUAUAACACAUCAUAUCCAGAGUCCCACAGUUAAGAACCUUUACAAUGAGGUACCACCUAUGAGGGAAUUUCUGAAGGGUUUAUAAAUGGUUUGUCAUGGGGACAAAUUUCCUAUUUCCUUUUUCUUCAGCGGUUGCGACUAUUUCUUAAAUGCGUUUUAGUUGUGCAAAGUAAAUCAGUGAUGCUUUUUUGCUUUUUGGAUACAUAACGAUGUUCUUACUGUUAUUAGAACAAAACAUUGAUACUUCCAUUCGCAGUUUUUUUGGCUAUAAGUGGUCCAACAUUACAAAAUCUUCAGCUUCUUUGACACUGUAGUUCUGCUAAAUAAUUUGCAAAAUUAAUCACAUCUGUUGUGUUGUAUUGGCCUUAGUCAGCAGUAGUUUGAUGGCAGAAAUCAUGGCCUGGAUAUGCAUUUUUUGAUGCAAAUAAAUCCCAAUUUUUUAAACUUAAUUUUGUCUUUUGAAGGAAACCUCUAGUUGCAAAAUCAGAAAAAUGUACAAAUUAUUCAUCUGUGUUCCACCUGUUCUCAGAAUUAUCGUGUAAAAUGGUCACAUUUAAAGGAGACAUCGAAUCUGUGUCCGAUAGGACAAAAAUGACUGCUCUCAAACCUGUUGCUCUAAUGGACGCUUCUCAGUCAGUGGGUGUUUGGCCUGUACAGCUAAUGGCGAACACCUAUUGUGACAUCACAGCUAAGGGUGUGGCCAAAGUGCAACUUGCUGCAGAGGUUUUACAUUUAGACAGCACAACGGCUGUGUCCUAAAGCAUUUGCUCAUCCCAGCUCUCGCUUUCUGUUUCAUGCUCCAGUCAUUAUUGGUUCCCUGGUUUUGGUUGUUCAGGAUCAGGAUUUGCUUAAAAAACUUCGACAGGCAGUGUUGAAAAGCUGCCGACAUUAUAGCCUUAAAGAAUUGUUUCCCUGCAACACCUCAAACCAUUUCUAAACCCAUCACAAACCCUUUCGUUUCAGGUGCCUUGAUGUAACGAGUAAUGAAUUAUUUGUGUAAUCAAUAGUCAUCUUUUUAUGUUGUUGGUUUGUUUUCACUAUUAAGGAAAGUAACUCUUUAAAAUAUUGUGUGGUGUAUUGUGGCGUGUUUUAUUCGCCUGAGUAAAGUGCUCUCCCUGUCUCACUUUGCUAUCAUGGAGAUCUCUGGAAUAAAACACUGAUAGGGGAUUAAAAAAAAAAACAACACAGUCCACCAUGACUCUUUGGGGGUGUCAUGAACGUGGAUGUCAGUAGGUCAAAUGUGGACAUUAUGCAUUAGCUUCAUGUUUGGUUUAAAGGCUUUAAUGAAGGGAACAAUAUUUGCUCAUGCAAUUUUUUUUGCGACAAUGCAAAUGUGUUUUUUUUAAGUUACCAACUCAGUUCAAAAUGACAAAGUUUUACCCUUUUUCAUAUCAUGUUAUUGUCUCAAAACGCCAUCGUAUUUUCUGUAAAUGGGACACAGCAAAAUAAAGAAUUAAAGAUGCAUCACUGCUGGUGUUAAAAGCUGAAUAAUGCAUAUUGUAUACAUUUUAUUCUUCAAGGGACAUGAGUUAAUUUUGUACAAAGCGAAAAAGUUUCCAUUCUUUUAGUGGAUGCUUAAUUGUUCUAAAUAAUCAUCCCAGUUAUUUAUUAAAGCAGUUUUGACACAU